GCUGCCAUUUCACCGCCCCGUCCCUCCAUUUUCCUGCGAGCGCGGCGGAGCCGGCCCGGCCCCGGCCCCGCCGCCGCCCCCAAUGUAGCGGCGCGGCCGCCCCGCACCCGCCCAGCCGCGGGGCCGCCUCCGGCAUGCGGAGCUGCAAGAUGGUGCGGGUGGCCAGCGUGCUGGGGCUCGUCAUGCUCAGCGUGGCGCUGCUCAUCCUGUCCCUCAUCAGCUACGUCUCGCUCAAGAAGGACAACAUCUUCGGGGCGCCCCGCGCCGCCGGCGCCGCCGGGCCCCGCAUGUACAUGUUCCACGCGGGAUUCCGGUCUCAGUUUGCACUGAAGUUCCUGGACCCCUCGUUUGUCCCCAUCACCAACUCCCUGGGCCAAGAGCUGCAGGACAAGCCCUCCAAGUGGGUCUUCAACCGGAGCGCCUUCGCCCACCAGAGGCAAGAAAUCCUUCAGCACGUUGACGUCAUCAAAAACUUUUCUCUGAUCAAGAGCAGCGUUCGGAUCGGGCAGCUGAUGCACUAUGAUUACUCCAGCCAUAAGUAUGUUUUCUCCAUCAGCAAUAACUUCAGGUCUCUGCUUCCUGACGUGUCUCCCAUCCUGAACAAGCACUACAACAUCUGCGCCGUGGUCGGCAACAGCGGGAUCCUGACCGGGAGCCAGUGCGGGCAGGAAAUUGAUAAAUCCGAUUUUGUCUUUCGGUGCAACUUUGCUCCAACCGAGGCUUUCCAGAAAGAUGUUGGAAGGAAAACCAACCUUACCACCUUCAACCCCAGCAUCCUGGAGAAGUAUUACAACAACCUCUUGACCAUUCAGGAUCGCAACAACUUCUUUUUAAGUUUGAAAAAGCUCGAUGGGGCCAUUCUUUGGAUCCCCGCUUUUUUCUUCCACACGUCGGCGACGGUCACGAGAACACUGGUCGACUUCUUUGUUGAGCACAGAGGGCAGCUAAAGGUCCAGCUGGCUUGGCCAGGAAAUAUCAUGCAGCAUGUUAACAGGUACUGGCGGAACAAGCACCUGUCCCCGAAGCGGCUGAGCACAGGUAUCCUCAUGUACACGCUGGCUUCGGCCAUCUGCGACGAGAUCCACCUGUACGGGUUCUGGCCCUUCGGCUUCGACCCCAACACGCGGGAGGACCUCCCGUACCACUACUAUGACAAGAAGGGAACCAAGUUCACCACCAAGUGGCAGGAGUCCCACCAGCUGCCUGCAGAGUUCCAGCUGCUCUACAGGAUGCACGGUGAAGGACUGGCCAAACUCACCUUGUCGCAUUGUGCCUAAGAACCUAAAUCUUGAAGUGCCAAACGAUUGUCUAAAAAAGUGCCCAAAACCAAAUUAAACAUUCUUCAGAUAGAAUUCUAAAAAGGAAACAAACCCACCCUAGAAUCUUUUCCAUAAUUUAAAGAUGCUUUUUAGCUACUGCUCAUCCAAGGUUUCAGCAUAUUUAGCAGUGCAGGAGCUUUUAUCAUGUUCUGUGGAUGCGAUUUGUGCAGCUGCAAAGUUGAAACAUUUUGCAUUUCUAGAUAAGCCACUCCGUAUGUUUUAUGUCUGUUCAUAUUUUAGCAUUCUACUGAACACCCUAAAUAAUUUGAUUGUUCCUUCCCAUUAGAGCCAGAAAUGCUACUUUUAAAAGGUUUUGCUUCUUUUGUAUGUGUUGCUCUCAAUAGCUCAGCGUUGCCGUGGCCGAUGGAGGAAGCCGCUCGGAGUUCCAGCGCAUCAUCACACGCGAGUUCCUCACUGUGCAUCCUGAUUGCCGCCGCUUGGGUAUUUUCCUGUUUACUGAAUUUUACAUUUUUUAAAGAAUAACAAGGAGAAGGUCACAAAGUGGCUCAUACCUUAGCUAGGUGUUUAUAUCACUCUUGGAAUACUUCAGUGUUUUAAUUCCUUUUGGGACAGAUCCUAGCCCAGACUAGACAGACGGAAGCAUGUUCGUUCCCAUCCAUCUGAUACUAUUCUGUCAUUUGAUUUUAAAGUUGAACCACCACAAUACAUGGAAUUAGGCAUCUCUGGAGACAAAUUCGGUGAGAAAAGCCCCAAACCCCAUCCUUCUGCUUGGGCAGGGACUGGCAGGAUGGGCAAAAAUGGAAGCCAGGUGCUGGGAUUUUUAAAACCAGUUUUUGUAGGGCAGUGAAGAGCUGCAGUGCAGGGAAGAGGAGAUGCCAUGACCAAAUUUCCCCAUUUAUGUCUCUAACUCACCAGUCAGACGGCUGGAGUAGUGUCCCCAUUUUCCCAUCACCAGCAGCACUCCAAGGCAGACCGGGCAGCUGCUCCCUUGGCACCACAGGAAAUCCAGCUGUUUGGGGACAGGAUGAACAAUAGGGUCACUUACAGUUGGGAAGUGUUGGCCAUUAUGUCUCGGGAUGAAGGAGACUGGGAAAUAACUGGGUUUCUCAUGAGUAUGCUGGCAAGUAUUUAACAAUUUUUUUACUGUUCUGAGUGAGAACUAACCCCACAAUGAAAGAAGAUGCAAAAUCCAGUAUUUUAAAUGGCACAGGUUAAUUUUCCUUAGCUUCUUUACCUGUGAUCAGACAUAGGAGAUGAGGAAGGAGAUCUCCAGCGCAGCACCCAAGCUGAGCAGCCCGUGUGUGUCCUGGUGCCCACUGUGGCACCGCAGCUCCGCUGGCCCUGCAGCCAGGACGGUUCUCCCCCACGCCCCUGGGUGGAGAAGGAGCUGGUGGCUUUCUCCUUCACCUGAAUUAUCCCACAUUUCCCAGCUUUGCUUGCCCAAAGGCUGUUUAGGGCUGUGGUGGGGCUUGGAUCACCCCCCUGCUGCCCCAUGCCCAGAGCUGCCCCAGCCACUCUUCCUGGGGCUCUGGGCAGUCCUGCGCUCCUCACUCUUGCUCAGCAGGGUCCAGCUCGAGUGCCUGUGCUCCUGCAGUGUCAGUGGUGCAGUGGUGAUGUCCCAGUGCUGGACUGAGUCCCCCUGGUGCCAGCAAGGGCUGUGGGAUCACUGCCUCUGGGGUGGUGGGGCUGGCAGUGGCUGGGCAGCACUGGUCCCAACAGAGCCUGCAGGGACCCUUCUCCACGUGCUGGGGCACACGGAUUGUUUAGCCCCAAACUGGAGAUUGCACAGGGAAAGAAGAGCUCUGCACCGGUGGUUAAUGAAGUGCAGGAGUGAAUAAUUUGUGAUAUUGUUUCCUAUGGAACUGUUCAGCAGCCGUGCUGGUCACUGGGGUCCAUGGUAAAGCGGUGCCCAGCAGCUCUAAUCCGAGUGGCAAAGAGCCCACCGGGGCAGAGGGGCCACCCCGAACCCCCAGUGACCCUUCUUGGCUUCUCUGAAUGCCAGGUAUUUUUAUCAAGAGGCCUUUUACCAGUUUCCUGUGGGGACCCAUCAUUUCUCAUCGGCAAAUUAAAUAAAUGAGAACUAUUAUCAUUGUAUUGGCAUGAAAGCAGGGAGCAGUGUGCUCCAUACAGUUUCUGGAACCUCCCACAGUCCUGGAGAGGGGCAGAACCCCCUGCCAGUCCCGGGCACAGCCCUGGCGCCACCACCAGAACUUUCCAAAAGCACAAAGAGGCACCAAACGCAGAGAAGGAAGCACAAAACUGACUGCAAAUAUUUGGAAAUGGGAAUACAGAAAAAUUAUUGACAGAAGGCCAUAUUACAUCAUUGAUUUUUAAGCAAAACUCCCCAUCGAUGCUCCAGACCCACAUUGAACAUUUCAGAAUCAUUGAUUUUAAUGGGGAGUUCUGCCCUGAGAUCGAUGGCACAGCACAGCCCAAAGUAAAUUGCUUCUUAGUAUCAAUAUUCUUUUGCCCAAGCUUAUGCGAGGUGCAAAACCAUCUCAAAGUGCGCAGCUUUUGUUUUGCCAGGUGGGGUCUGAGGGAGUGGUGGGGAUGGCAGGGGAUGGAGAAGACGGUGGCUGAGGAGGAGAGGCUCUUUGGGGGUGCCUCUCUGCAGCACAAAUGCCUUUGCAUUAAUAAACAAGUAUCUUUAUUGUUUAUUUAAUUGUUAUUUACAAGGUGCUGGGGGCUGCCCUCCUUGCUCAGGACAGCCAGUGGCCCCUGCAAGUGGCAUCACCUCAGCUGGGCUCCUCCUUCCCUCUCUUUGGCCCCAAACCUUCCUGCAGGAAUUCCUGAUGGUUCAGGGAGAAUUCUCCUUCCCAUGACUGAAUGUCUAGACAAGCCAACAGAGCUAAUGCAGCGUGAUCAAUACCUGUGAGUACAAAACAUUUGAGGCUCCAAAAUCCAGACAAGUCCUCCCGAGCAGCUCCCUCCACUGGGAGACCCUGCUUGGCCCUGGGCUGCCAGGACA